AUGUCUGAAAAAGAUUCGGACCGUCCACUUGUUCAAGAAAGUUCAACUGAUGAAACUAAAAGACAACGAGAUAAUGCUUAUUUAAAGGAUUUGAUUCAGAAGCACAAACAGUAUUUAGAUGUUGAUCAAAACUUAAAAUACUACAAGCUGGAAACAAAAAGUACAAUUAGUGAAACCAUGCAUUCAAGAACCAAGAGAGAUUAUGUAUCACUAGAAGUUGAAAAAACUAAAGAAAAAAUUGAUGAUUUAGCUAAAAUAAAAAAGUCGAAGGGAGAUUUAAUCAAAUAA